AUGCCUCCGAGAACGCGUGAUAGACGAGGUGGGGCUGGAAACUGGGGUGGUCGUGGCCGUGGGGUACCUCCUAAGGAUGAGGUUAGUCAGCUAGGGGAGAAUCCGGGUGGGAAUCCAAGGGCUGGGGCCGGUCGAGGUGCAGGAGUAUCUCACACUCAGAAUCAAUUUGCUAGGGAUCUCAUCGCAGCACUUGCAGCUGCAAACCUUAUAAGCCAAGCUCCUAGAGAGAAUGCCAAGGAUCGAGCCAUGGUGGCGAUGCGAGAGUUUAGCCAUAGGAAUCCACCAGUGUUUGAUGGGACUAGUAGCAACCCUUUGGUAGCUGACCACAGGUUAGCUCAAAUUUGUAAACUCUUCAGAGCUCUCAAUAUCACUGAAGAUAACAUCAGAAUAGGUAUUGUGGUUGUUCAGUUAAUUGGGGAGGCCGACGAGUGGUGGGAGUCCGUUCUGGAAAGUAGGAAGGAUGCCAGGAGAGCGGCAAGGACCAUGGCUGAAGCAAAUGAACCGGAUGCGGAGAAUUUGACGUGGAACGAGUUUGAGGCGUUCUUUGAGGAGCAGUACUUUUCGGAAACUUCCCGUGAAAAUAUGAGAGAUCAAUUUGAGAAGUUGGAUCUGGAUAAUAUGACUGUCUCAGAGUACGUGCAGAAGUUCCAAUCCUUGUCUCAUUUAGCUCCGGAGUUGGUGGUGACAGAAAAGAGAAAGUGUCGGUGGUUUGAGAAGGGGUUGCAUAACACCGUGAAGAGAAUGGUGAUGGCCCAUCGUAAGAUGAAGUUCUCAGAAGUGGUGGAGUGUGCAAAGAGCAUUGAAAUUCCGAAGGUGACUCAACGGAAUGCAAGUGUUUGGGAGCCAAGGCAAUCAGUGGGAAGGGCUCGGGGUGCUUUGUCUAGACCUCCACCUGUGUGCUACAAGUGCAAUCAAUCUAGACACAUUCAUGCUCAGUGUCCACAUCUCGAGAAAGCUUAUUAUGUUUGUGGGAAGAUGGAUCAUCUCACUAAGAAUUGUCCUCAGUGGUCGGGAAUGCGCAAUGAGUUGGGUUCCGUGCAGCAGCCGAGAACGGGGCAUAAUGUGGACCAGCAGUUUGGGGCGCUCAGAGGCAGCAGCAGCCUCACUUCUACCAGACUAUGUCAGUUAAGGGUUCUGGGGUUGAUAAGGGAGCGAGUUCUUCUACGCCUACUCAAGGUUCAGGCUCCAGAAGCAUCUGUUGUAAGAGGUACUUUCCUUUUAUUCAACUCUUUCGCUAGAGUACUCUUUGAUUUUGGAGCAUCGCAUUCAUUCAUUGCUGCAUCAUUUGUACGUGCAUUGGAGUUAGACACUGAGAGUCUUAAUUCACCAUUGUUCAUCGAGACACCAUUAGGGGGAUUUUCAUCUCUGAGUCGUAUCUGUAAAGAUUGUGAGCUCUUGUCUACGUUUCAUGCUACAAUCGAUUGUUUCAAGUGUCGUGUUCGUAUAUAUCCUCCUGAGGGUGUUUAUUUCGAAUUUCAUGGGGAACGUCGAGAACCAUUAGAACUGUAUUUGUGUGGGUCUCGGGAAAGGGAGUCUGUUUAUGCUAUGUUGGCGAGCUUGACGUUAGAUGAGGAUUUGUCGACACGUGAGGAAUUACCCUUAGUAGUUCGAGAAUUUCCCAAUGUAUUUCAUGAGGAGUUGCCUAGUUUACCUCCUGAAAGAGAUUGA